AUGGAUAAUUACACCAAUGAUGAAGACAUAGAUGAUGAGUUUGACACCCAGCUCAUCAUUCAACAGAGUUUACAGGAUAUUCACAAGCCGGAAACUACACAGCAGUCACCUGAAGAUGAGAGUUUUGGAAUUACAUUCAUGUUUUUUCUCUGCAGCUUUUUGAUUGCAGACUGUAAGAGGAUAGUUGAAACAAUAGAGACAGGUAAGGAAGAUGUAUUGUCAGGGUUGACCAAGUACCAUUCUGCUUUUGAUGAAGCAGAUGAGAUAGGCUGGCUUCCUCUCCAUAAGGCUGCAGUGCAAUUAAAUAGGAACAUUUUGGAAAUAACCCUGAAAGCCUCAAAACCCAGUGUGUGGGAGCAAACCACCAACAAUGGUGAAACACCACUUUUUUUGGCUGUCAGCAGUUGCCUCUUAGAAAAUGUCUGUUUGCUUCUUCUCAAUGGCUGCAAUCCAAAUGCCAAGAAUGUUGAAGGCAAUUCUCCUCUUCUUACAGCUGUUCUACAAGACUCCUACAAUAUGGCCGCCUUGCUGAUCAGCCAUGGAGCAGAUGUCAAUCUGCGGUGUGCCAACGAGAGGACAGCUCUCCACGAAGCAGCCAGGCUGGGCAGACGGGACAUAGCGAAGCUCCUGCUGGUUUCUGGGGCCCACCCUGACCCAAAGAGCUCCUAUGGAUUCACUCCUCUUGCUCUUGCUGCCCAAAGCGGACACACUAAAAUCAUGGAACUGUUACUGCAGAAAGGAGCUAAUGCUCUUGGUCAGGCCUCUGAUUCUUCUUCCAUCUUACUUGAAGCAGCUAGUGGAGGAAAUCCAGACUCUGUAACUCUCUUGCUAGAGUAUGGAGCUGAUGCCAACAUCCCUAAGAAUUCAGGCCACCUGCCCAUUCAUGUGGCAGCUGACAGAGGCCACUUGUUAGCUCUAAAGAUUUUGGUUCCAGUCACGGAUUUUGCUGCCAUUAAGCGGAGUGGCAUCAGUCCAGUUCACUGUGCAGCAGCAGGAGCACACCCCAAAUGCCUGGAACUUCUCAUCCGGGCUGGAUUUGAUGUAAAUUUCAUGCUAGAUCAGAGAAUUCGCAAACACUAUGAUGACCACAGGAAGUCAGCUUUGUAUUUUGCUGUAUCAAAUGGUGACCUCUCUUCAGUUAAGCUGCUUCUGAGUGCUGGAGCUCUGCCUAAUCAAGACCCAGUAAACUGCCUCCAGAUAGCCCUAAGGAUGGGCAACUAUGAGCUGAUAAGCCUGCUGCUACAGCAUGGGGCCAACGUUAAUUACUUCUGCAAAGUCAACCCUUUACAUUUCCCAUCUGCACUUCAAUACACGCUGAAAGAUGAAGUCAUGCUCAGGAUGCUGUUGAAUUAUGGGUAUGACAUAGAGCGAUGCUUUGAUUGUCCUCAUGGAGACAAAGUUCAUCCUUUCUAUACUUUUGUUGAAGGCUGGACAUCUACAGUUAUCAAAGAUACUAUGUUCUGCGAAGUAAUAACUUUGUCAUGGCUGCAACAUCUCUCUGGAAAGGUUGUUCGAGUGAUGCUUGAUUAUGUUGAUCAAGUUAGGAUCUGUUCAAAGUUGAAAGCUGUGCUCCAAAAACAGAGGCUCUGGUCAGAAAUCCAUUUUAUCUUGACAAACCCUCGCUCCCUGAAACAUUUGUGCCGCCUCAAGAUCCGGAAGUGUAUGGGACGUUUACACUUGCGCUGCCCCAUCUUCAUGUCAUUUCUUCCGUUACCCAAUCGUCUAAAGGCAUAUGUCCUUUACAAAGAACAUGACCUUUAUGAACAAGGAAUUUUCACAGGAACCUGGUAAUCAAACUAUUCUGGAUAAAAAGGUAUAUAAUUCCGCAGAUGUCUUUCUUAAAAUGUGACUUGUUACACUGAUUCAUAUUUCUCACUUUACCUAGCAACUAAAAUCUCAAUGCAGUCUACAUUCUUUAAAAAGUCACUCUGAACAUAGCCUCUCAACAGAUGGCUGGCAUACUGAAAGGCAGUUUUGUAAAAAUAAAACCCAAACAGUAAAAAUUUCAAUUAACUAAGAUACAUCAGUUCUAAUGCUGUAUUCAUCUUACUUUAAACGUAUAAAUCCACAUUUCUACAUGCUCAAAAUAAUAAAUGCUACCUCUGAUAAUUCAUGAUAAUUCUUAACAGUAAUCCUUCUUAUAGAGAAGUACAUAUAUAAAAUGUCUUAGUGACUGCAAUGAAUAAAGGACCCCAGUACAUGACCCUAAAAUUAGCUGUUCUUGUACAAAAGUCCCAAGGCCAGCUUAGUGUCUGUUUACUUGCAGAGUCCAUUACUGAGGUAAUUCAGUUAAUUGAAAGAGAACCUUCAAUUGCGAUUUCAUCAUUAAUGGGAUACAUGCGUUCCUUCUUUCUACAAAACCCUGGCUAAGGGUUACCAUUUAUUGGUUAAUGUGAUCACUAAAAGUGUUUUCAAAUGG